CGCCUCGAGGACUCAGUGCGCGUCCUGUCGUUCGGUUACAACGCCAAUCGAUUUGGUGAUGUGGCCAACACUCGCAUCAUCCACCACGCCAAUGACCUGCUGCGGAACCUGGUGCUGAAGCGACUGGAUAACCCAAACCGCCCCAUCAUUUUUAUUGCUCACAGUCUGGGCGGCCUUGUUGUCAAGAGAGUAAGG